CUAACCUUUGCGAGCGGCUUCUUCCCGUAUAAGCCUGUUCUGCCUGGUCUGGCGCAUUUCGAAGAAGAAGGAGGACCUGACGGAGUAGGCGAGGCAGACGAGAAUGGACGGGCACGAGCAGCCGCCGCCUUCGACAAGGUCAUCUUCAUGGUGGUAGAUGCGCUGAGAAGUGACUUUGUCUACGGCCACGACAGCGGCAUGCUGUUCACGCAGAGCCUCAUUCGCUCCGGCGCAGCGAUUCCCUUCACCGCCCAUGCUACGCCGCCCACAGUCACCAUGCCUCGAGUCAAGGCCCUUACGACCGGCUCCGUGCCCUCCUUUCUCGAUCUCAUUCUCAACUUCGCCGAGUCCGACAAAUCGUCCUCGCUCGCCUCGCAGGAUACGUGGCUCGCGCAGAUCAAGGCUGCAGGCGGCAAUCUCGUCUUCUACGGCGAUGAUACAUGGCUCAAGCUGUUCCCGGAUAGCCCAGACCCGGCAGAGCCGCCGUUUUUCAUGCGCAGUGAUGGAACUAGCAGUUUCUUCGUAUCGGAUUUCACAGAAGUGGACCAUAAUGUGACGAGACAUGUGCCCGAAGCGCUGGCGAAAGACGACUGGAACGCCAUGAUUAUGCAUUACCUAGGCCUUGAUCACAUUGGUCACAAAACUGGUCCGCUGGGUCCGAACAUGCUUCCCAAGCAGAAGGAGAUGGAUGGGAUUGUCAUGACGAUCUUUGAAGCGAUGGAGAAGAACGAACACCACAGUAACACGCUCUUGGUUUUGGCUGGGGAUCACGGUAUGAACGCAGGCGGUAACCAUGGUGGGAGUGGACCGGGAGAAACGGAGCCUGCUCUGCUGUUCGCCAGCCCGAAACUCAGAGCCGUCAAGAAAAGGAAGCAGUAUGCCAGUCCUACCGAGCCCAAGGCCGGGACUGAGUUUCAUUACUACACCAAGGUAGAGCAGAGUGACUUCGUUCCCACUCUCGCGGGAUUGAUGGGACUACCAAUCUCGAGAAACAGUCUCGGCGUCAGUAUACCGGAAAUGGCGAUACUCGGAAGUGAGGAGGACAGGUUCUGGCAUUUGAAGAGGAAUGCCGAGCAGAUUCUCGAUAUCGUCAAGGCCACCUAUGGCGAGGAGAGCUGGGAAGAGACUGUGGGCAUUGUGGAGGCUCUGAUGACUACGAGCAAGGCUCUCGAGGACAUGCAGCAGUGGGGAAGGAUGUGUGAAGAGGCAGAGGGGGUGAAGAAGUUGGCGUGUCUGUGGGCUGCCGCUAAGUUGCAACCCACGAUCAAGGCUGGCAUCACGCCAGACCAUCUUCUCCAGGACUCGCAAUCGCGGCUUCUCGCCUUCCUCCUCGCGGCGCAGGAUGAACUCAGCGGGACGGCGUCCUCGUACAACAUUCCGCGCAUGGUGACUGGAAUGGCUUUGACAGCGUUCAUUAUCAUGUUGACCAUUUCAUCCUUUCCACGACUCUGGCCACCAUCUACAGCGGGCUUGUUCUUCACUACCACUUCCCUCCUGUAUGGUAUCAUGAUGUUUGCCUCUUCGUACGUGGAAGAAGAGCAGCAUUUCUGGUACUGGCUCACACCCGCCUGGGUUGUAGCUCUGAGCAUUCAGAACCUGCCUCACUUCGCAUCUUUCGGCAGCAGGGGCCGCCUCACAGCAGCUGUCUUCACGUUACUGGCCGUUCAUCGGUUCAGCGUUCGAUGGAAUCAAACUGGACAGAAACACUCUGGUGCUCCAGAUAUCGUGCACACGGUCUUUCCUGAGAAUCAUGUCCUCAUGUGGCUCUUCAUCCUAGCCACAUAUCUUUACGAAGGCUACCUCCUCGUCACUCGAUCUUUCGCAGGCCUUGUCGCCACAGAAGCCAGCGUUGCUACAGCUGUCGUCUGCGUUCUUUUCGGAGUAGUCUUCAAGCUCAAUUUUACACAAGCCGAUGCGCCGGAGUUAGUUCAAGGACUAGGAAACCAAGUGCGAGAGUGGACUGAAAGCGCAGAUUUGAUUUUGCAAGCACGUUCCGCUUUCUUCGCCCUCACUAUCACCACUUUCGCGGUAGUGACAUUGGCGGUGCUUUCCCAUCGGCAGAGCAUCAAACUAGGUGUCGAAGAAGCUGGCAAAUUACCGAGUCUCGCGGAGAGAUUACACACUUUGCUGAGUCUGUUUCUUAUCAUGCAGACGCGAGCUCCGAAUGUGAUUCUCUUCCUGGGAUGGGAACUGCAGAGAGAGGCUUUGAGCUAUAUCCUUCAGAGCUUACCGUCACCCACCAUCAAAAGUAGGACUUCCACCAUUGCCAUGACGGUUUUACUUUUCAGUCACGUUACAUUCUUCUGUUCGGGCGGGAGCAAUUCCAUCUCGUCCAUCGAUCUGAGUAACGCAUAUAACGGCGUGGCAGAUUACAACAUAUUCGCAGUUGGCAUCCUCCUUUUCGCUUCGAACUGGACAGGUGCGAUUUGGUGGUGCAGUGCUGCGAUUCUAUUACUUUCUGCAGGCGAAGAAAACGCCAAACGUUCCAUUUUCGCUCCCGCUACUGCGAGCUCUUUAUUCGGGUCGAAGAAGAAUGACAGUACCAAAAAGAGCUGGAUUGAUGAAGAAAGGAGACAACUUCAUGAAGCGAGUUUGAGGACCAUGAUGGGUCCCGAGAAGAAGACGAGAAAGGAGGGGGGGGAGAAGGUUGAUGAACAGGUUUGGUCAGAUUAUGUCUGUUACAUGACCUUGUUUGUUUCGACGGCUUUGUUGGCUGUGAUGGCCAGUUGCACGGCUUUGAGGACGCAUUUGUUCAUUUGGACAGUAUUCAGUCCAAAGUAUCUGUAUGCUAUGGCUUGGAGUGUGGGGUGGCAUCUGAUUGUCAAUGUGUGGUUGGGGAGCAUGUUGAACGGGUUCAAGGCCGUGGCGUAGUGGAGGUACGACAGGAAGGCUGGAGCGGGAGAAGUGCAUGUAUGAAUAGGCAAAAGAGUGUGUGAAGACAGAACAUUGUAUACAAUUUGU